UGAGAACAAAGAGUGGCAUUGACACGAAGUCUUGCCGUGCGUUCCCAUAAAAGCAGUGAGGAAUUUCAUUUGUGCAUUGAUACUUAAGAGCCGUUGAGAUAACCGCGUCGCGCUGCAGUGAAAAUACGCAAUAGCCACAAAAUGCUGCGCGCGCAUUAUUUCGUUUUUGUUUACGCAAUUUUUAUAGUAACAUAUAUAUUUGCCGUAUCUGCUACGAGUGCUGCCGGGGAAGAUAUAGACGAGAAUUACGUGAAACAGCUGCUGGGCAAUUUGAAUACGAGCGUUGAUCCGUGUGAAGAUUUUUAUGCGUUCGCAUGUGGCAAUUGGGCGCAACACUACGAUAAUGAUGCCUAUGUGGAUGUGCCCGGCUAUAUGGACUACGAAGUGAAUAAGCAAUUGCUGAACGCGCUGCUCGUCGACAGAGCAGCAAAUAAGAGCGGUAUAGCGCAGCAGGCCUGGCAUUAUUAUGGGUCGUGUGUGAAUCUAAAUGCGCCCGCUUUGAACACCUUUCUGCGUUACGUGCAACAGGCUUUGCAAUUUGAGUGGCCUAUAUUGCGUGCUGAUUGGCCGCGACCUUGGCAGAAUGCCACACACUUCGAUUGGCUGCGCGUUGUAGGUGGCUUGCGCGCUUAUGGACUGAACGGUAUUUUCAUAACGCAGGAUGUCAAUGUGCGCUUCGCCAAUGCAACGCAGUACCUCUUAGAGUUGCACGCGCAACAGCCGCCGGCCGUGGCACCACCCUCACUGGUGCUGCGACAAAAGGAUGUUGAAGGCAUAUUUAUUAAUUUCGGUUUGACAGCGCCGGAGGCGCGGAAUGUCAGUGCGGGUGUCAUUGCGCUGGAUAAGUCGUUGACUGACACCUUAAGCACUCUUACAUUGCCGCCUUCAAGCACUUCAAAUGUCAGCGAAGCAAAUGCUACGCGCGCAAACUUCACGAGCUUGGAGAUGAAUGUGAACGACUUGAUAGAGUUGGUGCCGGAAAUCGAUUGGCGCAGUUAUCUGAUACAUACUCUCGGCCGCGAAGUGGACUCGGAGCAACAGCUGCUGCAAACCUACUCCUACGAUUUGCCCUACUUUCGCAAAUUGCCCGCCCUACUUGCCGCACACUCGAACGAGACGAUCGCCUACUAUAUAAUGCUGAAGUUCAUGUAUCAAUUGAGUGGCGAUUUGCCAACUGAAAUGACGGAUGUGCAGAAAUCCACGCAUUGCAUGCGCCUGCUGCGUGGUUAUAUGCCACUGGCGGCCAAUUACCUGUACGAGGAGCAUUAUUACAAGCUUAGACGCGUGGCGAGUGACGCCGCGCUGCAUCGUAUAUUCAACAAGUUGCGUGGCAACUUCGCUCAGCUGGUCAAUGCCAAUGCUUUACAGCUGAACGCCGCUGAGCGUGCCUACAUACUCGCCGAACUGGACGGAAUGCAGCUACGCAUAGGCAAUGUGCCACAUGGGGCGGCGAACUUGACAUCUGAAGUCGAGGAAUAUUAUGCGGAUAUAAAUAUGAGCCCCAGCGACUUUUACGGCAAUCAUUUACAGCUUAUCCACGGCAGUGUGCGACGCAUGCAGGCGAGGCUGUUGAAUGUGCCACGUGCGGCAAAUGCGACGCAGCAACUGAUCUACGAGCACAAUUUCGAGACAUCGAGCUCUUCAUCGCCGGUUAAGAUCUUUGACAACGUGGUGCUCGUGCCAUAUGGGUAUUUGCAGUUGCCGCUUUUCGAUCACCGGUUGGAUGCUUUGUUUCAAUAUUCACUCUUUGGUUUCAUUCUUGCGCACGAGAUUAUGCACGCUUACGACCUCUUUCACAUUGUCUACGAUCAACAUGGUAACUUUAAUCAGUUGGGUUUGGAUGUGGCGCAACAUUAUUGGAGCUUCAUCAACUGCACGCGGCAAACGGAGUUAAAUGACGUGCUCUCCGAGAAUAUGGCCGAUGUGGCGGGCUUACGUGUGGCGUAUCAAACCUACUUCGGCCCGGACAAGAUUAGCGCAGCUGCAGAGCAGCCUCAUAAUAUUACUGCAGAUGGAGCUGGCUCGCGCGUUGAAAAUGACACCGCUACGCAAAUUCAACAACAACCUGUCAUCGGUGAUAAUGAAAUCCCUAAAAGCUUUGCAAAUUCCUCCCCUCGCCUAUGGCUCGGUAAUUUCACGCGCCCACAGCUGUUCUUCAUCAACUCGGUGCAGUUUUUAUGCGCCAACAUGCCGCGCAUCGAUGGACUGAAUGUACAACCGGUGCACCUCGGCCAUGACAUGCAUGAUGUGCGCGUGCGACGCAAUUGGUUGAAUUUGGAGCAUUUUGCGGCCGCCUUUCAGUGUGCACGUGACACGCCGAUGAACCCGACCGAGAAAUGCCGCUGGUGGUGAGCUGCGUAGCGAGUGCCCGAAUUGUGCGACUGCCCUCCGGUGGGGUUUAUUGUUCGAAAGCGGAUUAUUGCUUUCUUUCUGUAACAGUUAUGUUCUACUUUAUACUUAAUUUAUGGUUGUGCAGUGCUUUCUGUGAGAUGUCAACAAUUUUUGCUUACAAAUAACCAUCAAGUCUGCGAUGUAUAAAUUUAGCUCUUGACCGCUUCUUAUAAUACCUUAAUGAAUGCGUAAAAAUAUCUUGAAGACUUACC